UAUAUGUUCUCUUAAUCCACGAGACUUCCGACCCUUUUCUUUGUUUCCAUUCCCUUUUCGGUGCUGCCGAAUUUUGUUCUUGUUUCCCUUUUCAAAUGGGUCAUGAAAGUAGUUGCUGUUGCUGUCUGUUUCUGUUAUGUCAGAGAUCGCCCUUUAAUUUGGGAGGUAGUUGUAGAGCUUCAGUUCAAUCGGUACGUUUGGAAGAUUAUCUUAUGAUGGAAUCCUGCGAUUGCAUUGACGCCCAGUGGCCCCCUGAUGAACUUCUAGUGAAGUAUCAGUACAUAUCGGAUGUGUUAAUCGCGCUUGCUUAUUUCUCCAUCCCGCUGGAGCUUAUAUAUUUUGUGCAGAAGUCGGCAUUCUUUCCUUAUAGAUGGGUGCUUAUGCAAUUUGGUGCUUUUAUUGUUCUCUGUGGGGCAACCCACUUCAUAAACCUGUGGACGUUCUCGAUGCACUCGAAGGCUGUUGCCGUGGUGAUGACAAUUGCAAAAGUUGCCUGUGCUAUUGUUUCGUGUGCAACUGCAUUGAUGCUUGUUCAUAUUAUUCCUGAUCUUCUGAGUGUCAAAACUCGAGAGUUGAUUCUGAAGAACAAGGCUGAAGAACUUGACAGGGAGAUGGGCCUUAUUCUCACUCAGGAAGAAACUGGAAGGCAUGUUAGAAUGCUAACUCAUGAAAUAAGAAGCACACUCGACCGGGAUACGAUAUUAAAAACAACGCUUGUCGAGCUGGGAAAGACCUUAGGGCUUGAGGAAUGUGCCUUGUGGAUGCCAUCACGGAAUGGAAUUAGUUUACAACUUUCACAUGCCUUGAACUACCAGAUACCAGUUGGAACUAAUAUUCCGAUAAAUCUUCCUGUUGUCAAUGAAGUUUUCAAUAGUACUCGAGCAAUAUGCGUUCCCUACACCUGUCAAUUGGCUAAGGUCAGGCCUCUUGUAGGAGGAAGGUAUUUACCGCCUGAAGUUGUUGCCGUGCGAGUUCCACUCUUAAACCUCUCAAAUUUCCAAAUCAACAAUUGGCCUGAUGGCUCUUCCAGAUGCUAUGCAAUAAUGGUUCUAAUUCUUCCUACUGAUAGCGCUAGGAAAUGGCGAGAUCAUGAGUUGGAACUCGUGGACGUUGUCGCAGACCAGGUAGCUGUUGCCCUUUCACAUGCUUCAAUUCUUGAAGAGUCUAUGCGGGCCCGGGAUCAGCUUGUUGACCAAAAUGUGGCUUUGGAUUUAGCUCGAAGAGAAGCGGAGGUGGCCAUUCAUGCUCGUAAUGAUUUUCUGGCUGUCAUGAACCAUGAAAUGAGGACGCCAAUGCAUGCAAUAAUCGCUCUAUCAUCCCUACUUUUAGAGACCGAACUGACUCCAGAGCAAAGAGUGAUGAUAGAGACAAUACUCAAGAGUAGUAAUCUUCUGGCCACUCUGAUUAAUGAUGUCUUAGAUCUCUCUAGACUCGAAGAUGGCAGUCUAGUAUUAGACAUGGGAUCGUUCAAUCUCCAUGCUAUUUUCAAAGAGGCAAUGGAUCUUAUAAAGCCCAUUGCUUCGGUAAAGAAGUUGUCGAUGGCGUUGAUUUUGGCCUCGGAUUUACCCAUCUGUGCUGUUGGCGACGAGAAGCGGCUUAUGCAAAUCAUCUUGAAUGUUGUGGGUAACGGGGUGAAGUUUACGAAGGAAGGUCAUGUUUCAAUCAUAGCAUCUGUUGCAAAAUUGGACUCUAUGCGAGAUUGGCGACCUCCUGAAUUCUAUCCAAUGCAAUCUGAUGGCCACUUUUACCUGCGAGUACAGGUUAAAGAUUCUGGAUGUGGAAUUCUUCCACAAGACAUUCCUCAUCUAUUUACCAGAUUCGCUCAGCUACAAACGCAAUCUAACCGAACAAAUGGUGGCGUAGGACUUGGAUUGGCCCUUUGUAAGCGGUUUGUAAACCUCAUGGGAGGUCACAUCUGGAUUGAGAGCGAAGGCCCCGAGAAAGGGACCACGGCCGUGUUCAUUGUGAAACUCGGGAUCUGCAAUGCCAAUCCAAAUGACUUAUCAGUGAAGCAAGUUGCCCCCAUUGUGAAUCACAGAAGUGCAGAUCUCCAUGGGCAUAGACCAAUCUUCAGAGAGAGUGGUCAAGUUGCUUUUUCAAGUUCGCGUUAUCAAAGAAGUCUUUAAUCUUGAUGAAUUUCGAGUUCCGAGCUCCUUCGGGAUUUUUUUCAUGGGAAACCAUGAAGUUGGAAGAAAUGCACCUACAUAGCCGCUGCAUCUUUGCUUCCCGAGCGAUAUUAUCGGUCCUUAGUUAGAUAAAACACAUGGUUGCUGAAUUUGCAGCCACCAUGUAGUAUAAGAAAAAUAUCCUGUUAACUCUCGAAGAUGAACGUGUUGUUGUGUUAUUGAAACAUAAUGCCAUGUACUUAGGCGCCGAAUCAUGUUCCUUUGGGAUCCAUAAAUUUUCAGUUGCGAUGAGGUCUUAAUUUCAUGGACAUACUAAUAUUAAUGUAAA